GGCCUCGCCCGACCUCGACCGGCCCUCGCGUAGUGAAAGCGCUACCCCGCCAGAGCAGUGCUUGUCCCAGGCUGUCUGCGGCCCCUCUGCCACGCCCCCUCUGCCACGCACCAGUCCACGAGCAACCGCCGCCAUGGACGAGGAGAAUGUGCUCAACUUUGUCAGCAUCACCUCGUGUGACCCGGACAAGGCCGCCCAGUAUCUGCGCCUGACCGACAACAACCUCGAGCAGGCCAUCCAGCUGUUCUUCGACAGCCCGAAUCUCGACUUCGGGCCCGCGCCAACGUCGAGCGCCCCGCCGCCCGCCACCUCCGCCCAGAAUCCUGUGCAGGUCGACUCAGACGACGACAUGUCUGAUUUCCACCCGCCUGCGCACACAGACACUCCGCCCGUGCCCUCGAAUCUCGAGAGCGACGAGGAGCUGGCCCGGCGGCUGCAGGAAGAAGACUACGGCGGCGGUGGCGCGCGACAGCCUCAGGAUGAGGUCCGCGCACCCAUACAGCGAACACAGGAGACAUUGGUCGGUCCUGGUUCGAAUUGGGCCCCCGGCGACCCAGACGACGACAUCGAUGCCAUGGUGCAGGAGCAGCUGGCACGUCGCCAACGAGGUCGAGCGGGCAUCUUCAAUCAGCGAUCCUCCGUGUGGGAUGACUCAGCCGACGCAGAAGCCAGGCGCCGUGAGCUUGCGACAUCGACCGGAGGCGCGUCCGAGCAGAGUGCAAAGAUGAACAUGUUGGCAGAGCUGUUCCGGCCUCCUUUUGAACUCAUGUACCAGGGAUCAUGGGAGAAAGCGCGAGAUAUGGGCAAGGAGGAGGAAAAGUGGCUCAUUGUCAACAUCCAAGAUUCCGCCAUCUUUGAUUGCCAGCUCCUCAAUCGAGACAUUUGGAAGCACGAGGACAUCAAGGCGACUGUACGCGAGAACUUCAUCUUUAUGCAAUACGCAAAAGACGACCCCCGCGGCCAGCAAUACGUCAACUACUACUUCCAUGCUCGCGAUAGUUCCGACGCAUACCCACACAUCGCCAUUGUUGAUCCUCGAACAGGAGAACAAGUCAAAGUCUGGUCUGGUCCGCCACUCCCUAGACCCGUCGAGUUCCACGCGCAGCUUCACGAGUUCCUUGAUCGCUAUAGUCUAAACGUCAACGUGAAGAAUCCCGUGGCCAAGCGCAAGCCGGAGAACAAGAAGGUUGAUGUCAACCGCAUGACAGAAGACGAACAGCUGGAAUGGGCAUUGCAGAACAGCAUGGACAACGGCGGCAGCGGUAACGAGGGGCCCAAAGACGCCGAUCCUGACGCGCUCACAAAAGAUGAAGGAAAAGGCAAGGCUCGUGCGACGUCACCUGCACAGGCAACUGCUUCAACACCAGUCGCUGCACUCAUAGACGAAGAGCCUGCGAGCGCAACUAACCCCUUGUUCGCUUCCAUUUCCUCACAUGCACCACACACAGAACCGACCGUCACAGAUCCUAAGAUUACCACACGUAUCCAGUUUCGUGGACCUACAGGACGCCCCCUCGUUCGGCGAUUCAACCUGUUGGAUCCUGUUCGACGUAUAUAUGAAUGGAUCAAGAGCGAUGCCCCGUGGGACGGAAAACAGGGCGUCGAAUUCGAUCUAGUUUUCAUGGGCAAGAACUUCAUCGAGCAUCUGGACGAGACAGUCGAGGCUGCCGGGUUGAAGGGUGCCAGCUUGAUGGUCGAGUUUGCUGAGUAGUGGACCUACCGGGAUCAGUGAUAGACAAUGUCAUGAUGGAUGAA